CCGUGGGAGAGCAACUCACGUGUGCCGAGCGAUCUUUUGUUGUUGCCACCAAAUAUAAUUCAUCUUUGCUAUUAUACUCGUCUUCUGAGCUCGAGCAUUGGGAUGCCACACAGCUUGCACCAUGUUCGUCCUCAAGUCUCGUGAGUUUCAAGGCAUGUGAAGCUUGGGAGAAGCUGAUCAGCUCAGUCCUGGGAAAGAUGUGGGGAAACCCUGCGAAUCCUGAACUUAUCCAAAUACCUGCGGGACAGCUUUAUCUGGUGCGACCAAAUAGUAUCAAGGGGUCCAGGGAGUGCAUCUUCCCAGAUGCAGUGGCUACCAUUAGACGCACCGGCGUCGACUUCCAAUAUCAGCUCGUUGUGACCCGCGCCUAUGACGAAGGGGAGGAGCAGCUUCUAGAGGAGGAUGCUGAGACGGAUGACGAGCGGGUGUUCCUCCUGGAUGAAUCCUUGGGAUUCCGCUUCGGAUCGCUGGAGGGACACUCCACAUGCUCCUGGAGCGAUCUUAGCGGUGACGAGGGAGAUUUGUGGGAGUUUGUCAGCGCUCAGACUGUGCCGAAGCCAACAAACAGCUUGUUUGAAAUGACACUUCUGAAUUGCAUAUACGAGAGGAAGCACAAUCAGUCACACGAGAAUGCGUCUGAAGAAGACCUUGCUGCGCUGAAGUUUCAAUCGGAAUCUGCAAAUCUGGCUGCAACAGACAGUCCUGCUGUCAACGAGGAUACAUUCAAGGACGUCCCAGUGCUCGCCACAACCUCUGCCGAGCUAUACAUGUUCGAUACUGUCAGUGACAUGUUCGUCAUCCAGGAGAAGGAAGUUGUGAUAGAGAUCGCUCUGAAUGGACCAUUCGAGACCUGGGUUGUCGUCCGUAACAAUUCGACGCCCUUCAUCACACUCCCAAUCGACGACGAUAUGAAUGCUCGAUUCGACAUGGAUAAUCGAGCCUUCAUGUUCACCUUCCGCGCGACUGAGGAUCUUCCGGCGAUGACGUGGUGUCUUCGAUUCGACCUCGACUCUUUCCCGACUUGGAAAGAACAGUUCACGAUCUACAUGUGGGAAGCUAAGAACCGGUCAACGUAUUCGAAAAUAAAACCCGACGAGCAGAGAUACAUCCAGGAAGCCUACGAGGAUGUGGAAAUGGGUGAAGCGGAUGAUGACAUCAACGGAGAAGCAGAGGAAGACGAUCAAUCUGACGGGGACACUUCCGUGGCCGCUUUGACGGACAGUGAAGACGAUGACCCUUCAUUGCGUGGUCUCGCUCAGGGUUCAAAAAACCAGCACUUGACCGUCGGCUACAAAGACGAUUUAUCGUAUGUAACAAGGGGCGACAUGAUCGGUGUCUUCGCGCAGAAGGACAAUCGAAUGCGAUUCAAGACUACAAUAGAUCGCGUUAGAGAUCUGCAGGGCAACACUCUGACACCGAAAAAGGUCAUGCUGCACAAUCAAGAUACGGAAAUGCUCUUGCUGGAUGCUGACCACCAACAUUCCGUCAUGAGAAUGGAUCUGGAGUACGGCAAAAUCGUUGAUGAGUGGAAAGUGUCCGAUGACGUGCCCGUGUCGAACAUCAUACCGGAGUCAAAAUAUGCUCAAAUGGAUCCGCAACAAACCUUUAUCGGACACUCGCACAAUGGGAUCUUCCGAAUCGACCCCAGAGUCUCUGGUAAUAAAUUGGUACAAAGCCAAUUCAAGCAAUAUGCCACGAAGAACGACUUCUCCACGGCGGCAACGACAGACUCCGGUAAAUUGGUCGUGGCCAGCAACAAGGGUGAUAUCAGGCUUUUCGAUCAGAUUGGGAAGAACGCAAAGACCGCGCUGCCUCCUCUCGGCGAUCCAAUAAUCGGAGUCGAUGUCACUGCUGACGGUCGUUGGCUCGUGGCGACCUGCAAAACAUACCUGUUGCUCAUUGACCUCUUGAUCGGUGAUGGUCGUUACAAGGGAUCUCUUGGUUUCGACAGGAGCUUCCCUGCUGACAGCAAGCCUGUACCGAAACGCUUGGGCUUGAAGCCUGAGCAUGCCGCUUACAUGAAGGACGCUGUUUCGUUCACACCGGCUAGGUAAGUUACCUCAUCCAGCUUAGAAUAACAGAAAGGUUCAACACUGGGUUGAACGAAUCUGAGAAGACAAUUGUCACGUCUACCGGGAAUUAUGUGAUAACAUGGAAUUUCCGUCGCGUGAGACAG